CCCCAGAGAACUGUUCAGAGUGUACCAUCCACAGUAAUGAAUCCAGAAGAGCGAAUCGUGACAUGGCUUAUAUCUUUGGGAGUUUUAGAUUCCCCAAAAAAGACCAUCUGUGAUCCGGAGGAGUUCUUGAAGUCCUCGCUGAAAAAUGGGGUAGUGCUAUGCAAACUGAUCAACAGACUUAUGCCUGGCUCAGUGGAAAAGUAUUGUCUGGAGCCCCAAAAUGAAGCCAGCUGCAUCAGUAACAUCAAUGGCUUCCUGAAAGGAUGUUCGACCCUCCAAGUGGAGGUAUUUGAUCCUGAUGACCUUUAUUCAGGGGUUAAUUUCUCCAAGGUUCUGAGUACUCUUUUAGCUGUCAACAAAGCAACAGAAGAUCAGCUCUCAGAAAGACCAUGUGGACGUUCCUCUUCUCUUAGUGCUGCUAACAGUUCUCAGACAAACCCACAGGGAGCAGUUUCUAGCACAGCUCCAGGGCUGCAAAAGCAGGCAAAGACAGUGGAGAUGACGGAAAAUGGAAGUCACCAGUUGAUAGUGAAGGCAAGAUUCAACUUUAAGCAGACUAAUGAAGAUGAGCUGUCAGUCUGUAAAGGGGACAUCAUUUAUGUCACUCGAGUUGAAGAAGGAGGCUGGUGGGAAGGCACAUUAAAUGGGAGAACAGGCUGGUUCCCUAGUAAUUAUGUCCGAGAAAUUAAAUCCAGUGAGAGACCUCUCUCCCCCAAGGCUGUCAAAGGAUUUGAAACUGCUCCACUUACCAAGAAUUAUUAUACUGUGGUGUUACAGAACAUCUUGGACACUGAAAGAGAAUAUGCUAAAGAACUUCAGUCUCUUCUUGUUACUUACUUGAGACCCUUGCAAUCCAAUAACAAUCUGAGUUCUGUGGAGUUUACAUCUUUACUGGGAAACUUCGAGGAAGUAUGUACAUUUCAACAAACACUCUGUCAAGCCUUGGAAGAAUGUUCAAAAUUUCCAGAAAAUCAACACAAAGUAGGAGGUUGUCUGCUGAAUCUCAUGCCUCAUUUUAAAUCUAUGUAUCUGGCUUAUUGUGCAAAUCAUCCUUCAGCUGUAAAUGUGCUUACCCAGCACAGUGAUGAUCUGGAACAAUUUAUGGAAAAUCAAGGUGCAUCCAGUCCAGGUAUCCUCAUUUUAACCACAAGCCUCAGCAAGCCAUUUAUGCGACUAGAAAAGUAUGUUACUCUUUUACAAGAGCUGGAACGACAUAUGGAGGAUACUCAUCCAGAUCAUCAGGAUAUUCUGAAAGCAAUCGUAGCAUUCAAAAUGCUCAUGGGACAGUGCCAAGAUCUGAGAAAGAGAAAACAGCUGGAGUUACAGAUACUUUCAGAACCUAUUCAGGCAUGGGAAGGGGAAGAUAUUAAAACCUUGGGAAAUGUGAUUUUUAUGUCACAAGUAAUGGUGCAGUAUGGAACAUGUGAGGAAAAAGAGGAGCGAUACCUUAUGUUAUUUUCAAAUGUCUUGCUAAUGUUGUCUGCAAGUCCUCGGAUGAGUGGCUUUAUCUAUCAGGGAAAAAUACCAAUACCAGGAAUGGUGGUGACUAGAUUAGAUGAAAUUGAAGGGAAUGACUGCACAUUUGAAAUCACAGGUAACAUAGUAGAGAGAGUUGUGGUCCAUUGCAACAAUAGCCAGGACUUCCAGGAAUGGCUGGAGCAGCUGUCCAGACUAACUAAAGGACCUGCCUCUGGUGGUUCAUUAUCCAAAACAUCAUCAUCGUCAUGUAGUGCUCAUUCCUCUUUUAGCUCUACUGGACAGCCCCGAGGACCCUUGGAGCCUCCUCAAAUUAUAAAACCGUGGAGUUUAAGUUGUCUACGACCUGCACCUCCACUUAGACCAUCAGCAGCCCUAGGUUAUAAAGAGAGGAUGUCUUAUAUCUUAAAGGAGUCCAGUAAAAGCCCCAAAACAAUGAAGAAGUUUCUUCAUAAAAGAAAGACUGAGAGAAAACCAUCAGAGGAGGAAUAUGUAAUUAGAAAAAGUACAGCUGCUCUGGAAGAAGAUGCGCAGAUUCUUAAGGUGAUCGAAGCCUACUGCACCAGCGCCAAUUUUCAACAAGGUGCUCGCAAAGAUUCUGUUCCACAAGUCUUACUCCCCGAGGAAGAGAAACUCAUCAUUGAAGAAACCAGAAGCAAUGGCCAGACCAUAAUUGAAGAAAAAAGCCUCGUUGAUACUGUUUAUGCCUUGAAGGAUGAAGUCAAAGAACUGAAGCAGGAGAAUAAAAGAAUGAAGCAGUGCCUGGAAGAAGAAUUGAAGUCAAGAAGGGAUCUAGAAAAACUGGUCCGGAGGCUCUUGAAGCAAACAGAUGAGUGCAUUCGAGCUGAAUCCAGUAGCAAGACCCCGAUUCUUCCAUAACCAUCACUGUGCGGCUGGGCAUUGUGCUUUUGGUGCAUCUUCAAAUGUCUGGCUGAAUGAUUUGACUCAUUUUGCUCACUUCUAUGGCUUCUGUUUUGUGUUUGAGUCUCUCUCUGUGUGUAUAUGUGUGAGUGUGCUCAGGUAUAUGUGUGUGUGAGUCUGUGUGUUUGGGUGUUUGCUGUUGAUUGAUUAUUGGUUGAUUGGUUUUUCU